AUGCAGCAACCCAGAGCCAAUCAACUUCAUCUUCUUCCCCGAGAUUUUUUUCAAUAUUUUCCUCAUGGAUUGAAGAUCCUCUAUGUUGGCACUGAUAACGACAUCGGAAGUUUAAUUCAGAGAAACCUUGUACAACCUUAUUAUCAUGUCGCUAGGUUUUCCAGUGGUCCUGUUGCCUUAGCACUCUUACGAGAUCACAAGCACGGAUCUUAUGACUUGGUUCUCAGCGAUGAGUCGUUAGAACACAUGGAUGUCUACAACUUCCUCAGGGACCAACACUCAACCACAAGUAUUCCGCACGUUGUAAUUUCUGGGUGUGAAAGAGUAAGUGGUAUGGCGAGAGCAUUCAGAUACGGUGCGUGUUAUGUGUUGAGGAAGCCGGUGAGUGAGUGCGAGCUGAGAAAUCUAUGGCAGCAUGUUUGUCGGAGAAGAGAACUGCCUGAGACGACGGAGACUGAUGAGUACGUCAAUAGUGACGUGGAUGACGAACAUCAUCAGCAGAAUAAUUUAGUACGACAUAAUCGUCAGCGAAAUCAGGAUCAGGUUUCUUGUAAUUCUUCUCUUGUUCCUUGUUCCAUAGAUAAUAGGCUGGGACCCAAAGCAGGAAACGACAGUGAGUUUGUGGAUCAUGGAGUACUUUCUCAGAGAAAACGACGGGUCGUCUGGACCGCUGAGCUUCAUGAAAAGUUUGUAGGAGUGGUGGAACAGCUUGGCUAUGAUAAGGCGGUGCCAAAACAGAUUCUUGAAUCGAUGGACGUGCCUUUCCUGACGAGAGAAAAUGUUGCGAGUCACUUACAGAAAUAUAGAAUCAACAGAAAAGAGAGAGAGGGAGAAGAGAUGGAAGAGCUCCAGCGUCGUCUAAAUCAACAUGGCAAGGCCAUCCCCGUGAACCCCGAUAGUAUUCCUGCUCAACCUCUGUCAGUUGUUCAUCAACCCGUGAACCCCCACCUUCUAGAACCUUCCAUGAAUAAUCCUCCUCACCUUCUAUAUCCUUCCGUGAAUCUUAUACCAAGUCAAGAUCUUGCCUUCUUCUCCCAAGCCCACCAAAUGCAAAUGCAACCACCUGGGCAAAACUUCAGCUUUGGCCUUCCAUCACCUGCAUCUCUUGCAAGGCAGCUUCAGCAGCAACAACAAAUACGAAUACCUAGCUUUUUCUCCUUUGGAGGCCAUAUGACGCAACAACAGUGCCUAAACCCAAACCCAAACUUGUUUCAUGUCCUAAUUCCCAUGGAGCCGCAAUAUGUACAUCAAAACCUGUCUUCAGGAGGAGACAUGCUGCAACAACAGCUAAACUCAAACCAGCUGGCUUCUGGAGGAGAUAUGUUGCAGCAAAACCUAAACUCAAACGUGGCUCCAUGUUCUAAUUCCAAUGGAAGCAACAUGCUGCAGCAACACCUAAACUCAAGCCUGGCUUCUAAUUCCAAUGGAGGCACUAUGCAGCAGCAACAGCAGCAACAGGUAGAUCAAAACCUGGCUUCAGGUGAUGAUGGAAUGGUCAAGCAAGAAGUAGCAACAACACUUUUUGGUGGUAAUCCUGAUCAUCCUGAUCAGUUUGAUCAAGGCCUUUCCUACACUGAUGGCUUUUUUGAUGAGUUUGAGUUUUACCAAUACCUGAAGAGUCCUGAAAAUAAAGCAUCUGCAUCAACGUUGAACGAUAUCAGUUCAAUACCGACACACUUGUGUUCUUGA